AGCACGCUUCCGGCAAUAGCUCGGCACGUCGGCGUCCGCCGCAUCAUGCUGGAGGACCUUCCCCACGCGAUUAGAUAUCCGCCGAGUCACUAAGGCUCGAUUGACUCUGAUCCAGUCUGUGUUUUCUUCUCUUCUUCCCUCUCCCCCUCACACUGAGAUCAGAGAAGAAAGAGCUGGAAAUCAUGGCAUCAAUCGAUCAAGCUGUUGCGCCCAAUGCGUAUGUCCGCGCCACCGAGACCGCAAACUAUGUACGACAGCAGUUACCCGAGGCCCUGCAGCACCCGAAGGUAGCCAUUGUGUGCGGAUCUGGGCUGGGUGGACUGGCAGAUACGAUCGAGGCCGAGCCCAAGAUUGCCCUGGACUACGGCAGCAUCCCUAACUUCCCUCAGAGCACAGUCGUUGGCCAUGCAGGCAAGUUCGUCUUCGGGCAGAUUGGUCCCCAGAAGACAACAGUAGCUCUGCUUGUUGGGCGGGCGCAUUUCUACGAGGGCCACUCCAUGGACGCAGCCACCUUCGCAACACGUGUGUGCAAGCUGCUUGGUGUCGAGACCAUCAUUGUCACUAACGCCGCGGGUGGACUCAACCAGAGCUACAAGGUCGGAGACAUUGUGUGCUUGAACGACCACCUCAACAUGGCCGGACUGGUCGGUGUUCACCCCCUGCGUGGACCCAACAUCGAGGAGUUUGGCACCCGAUUCCCACCCCUCUCAGACGCAUAUGACCUUGACCUCAGGAAACGGACGCACAAGGCCUGGGUUAAGUUGGGUCUCGACAAGGGACAACGAAAGCUUCACGAGGGCGUUUAUGCAUUUGUUGCAGGCCCAACCUACGAAACACGCGCCGAGUGCCGAAUGCUCAACAUGCUCGGCGCUGACGUGGUCGGCAUGUCAACCGUGCCAGAGAUCAUCGUCGCACGGCACGCCGGCGUCAGGGUUCUGGCCUUCAGCCUGGUGACCAACAGCGCUGUGCUGGAAGCUGGCUCCAAGGGCAGCGAUCCUGAAAUUCAGGAUAUGAAGAGGGCGGAGCUCACAGCCCAUCUGACCAAGGGCAUGGCGAACCACGCAGAGGUCUUGGACGCUGGGAGAGAGGCAGCGAAGGAUAUGGUGGCCCUUGUCAAACAGGUACUUAGCGACUUGCACGAGGAGUAAGUCGAAUCGAGGUAAUCGACGAUGCAAGUGAGCACAUAUCGAACAUGCUGCUGUCGCAGAUCUGCAGGGCCCACACCAAUUUCGCUGUGAUGUGUGACACGUUGAUAGGAUGUUGGGCAGGUAGGCAGCAAGGC